AUGAGGGAGACUCGAGGAGAAUACCCUAUCGCUGAUUGGGGAAUAAUGAAACAAGAGUUGAAACGGAAAUAUUUUCCCCCCUCAUACUACCCUAGACUGCUAGAUCGUUGGAAUAGGUUAACUCAAAGAAGUAAAACUGUUAAGGAAUACAUAUCAACCAUUGAUUAUUUCUUGAUUCGUUCUAACGGGGAAGAGACCACCACUCCUACACAACUCCUGUCAAUGUUCAGAGCUGGAUUGAGGGAAGAUCUUAGGAAUGAACUCUUUGCUAGAGGAGUAAGUACGUAUGAAGCUGCCUGUAGUCUUGUGCUAGACUUGGAAGAGUCUAGGAGCCACGCCACUAGGACUCAAGACUCUAGACCCAGCCCCUUCAAGUCUUUUUCUAGCCAACCUUACAACAAACCCACUGGACCCUCGGGUAGUCGGCCUUCCCCUAGCCAAGCCCAACCUCGAUCAGACAAUAAAGGGAAAACACCUGAACGGGAGACACCCAAACCCACUGCCAGCACUAAGUGUUUUAGAUGCCAUAGGUACGGACACAUUGCUUCUCAGUGCUCCAGCCCGUUUAAGGUCACAAUAAUUGAGGAAGUGACGGAGGAAGCGGAUGAACCUGAAACUAACUUGGUCCACCAUAUGGACGACGAUGAGGAAUUUUUCGACGAGGAGGAUACUGCUGUUGUUCACUGCCUCCAAAAAAUGAACCGCUUGGAUCUGCAAAUUGUUAGGUGUGCCUUUUCCCAACCUAAACCUAGCGACGACUGGCAAAGAAUCUCGAUCUUCUACACUUUCACUAAAAUAGGAGACAAAAAUUGUAAGGUCAUAAUUGACAGUGGAAGUUGCAUUAACGCUGUAUCUUCUACUAUGAUCUCGAAGCUUCAAUUGAGGACCACGCCACACCCGAACCCCUACAAAGUUGCUUGGAUCAACUCAACCACCUUUGAGGUAAAAGAUAGGAGUCUUGUUCCUAUUGAGUUCGUUGGAUACAAAGAGAAAAUCUGGUGCGAUAUUUUGACGAUGGAUGUGGGUCAAAUCAUCCUUGGCCGCCCUUGGUUGUUCGACAAUGAUGUACACAUUUAUGGCCGAUCAAACACCUGUGUGUUUGAAUACGAGGGCAAGAAGAUUAAGCUGUUACCCACUCAAUCUAAGUCUACCAAGGAAGAAGUUAAGCCCAACUCUCUGAAACCCAACACGGGCAUGAACUUGAUAACUGCUAAGGACCUAGGUAUGGAACUGGAGUCGGGAGCCCCUCUUUACGCGCUAGUAGCCCAGGAAGUAAGUGUAGAUCAAGAAGAGCCAAUCCCUGAGGAAGUAAAACCACUGUUGGAGACUUUUUCUGACGUCUUUCCUGAAGAUUUGCCCAACCAACUGCCACCUCUACGGGACAUUCAACAUGCCAUAGACCUAGUGCCUGGAGCGUCCUUACCAAACCUACCCCAUUAUCGAAUGAACCCAACUGAACAUGAGGAGCUCAAGAGACAAGUGGAUGAGUUGUUACAACGAGGGUUCAUUAAGGAGAGUCUUAGCCCGUGUGCAGUUCCUGCCCUUCUUACCCCUAAGAAGGAUGGGACGUAG